AUGUCCGAAUCCGCCCGCGUCACUGUUCUCCUCGUCAAGGAAGACGGCGUCUCCCAUGCCGAUUUCGCGAACUUCUGGCUCAACGAGCACCCCCAGCUUUUCCAGUCUUUGUCCAUCGUCAAAGAAAAGAUCACCAAGUACGACCAGGCAAUCACCUCACCCGUCGCAAUGGGCGAGAUCACCGUCCCGCGUUCCGUGGCCAUCACCAGUGACGGUCUUGCCACCUUCGAGGCUAGGACCCUCGAGGAUAUCCGUGACGUCUUUACCUCUGAGGAGUAUCUCAGCACCGUUAGCCCUAUUGCGCUGAAAUAUACCAAGGCGGGCAGUCACAUUUUGGCGACCAAGAACGUCAAUGUUUUCACAAACAUCUAG